AUGCAGAAGAGGGACCUUGGACCCGAGAUUGACCAAGAAGCUAUACCGGGCUCAGAGAAGAGAAGGAAGAUAGAUCUUGAUGAAGCUCAGAUAUUAACGGUGCGGACAGCCCUGAAGCGCUUACCGCCAGACGCCUAUACAGUAGGCUGGAUCUGCGCCAUAGCCAAGGAGCUUGUUGCUGCUAAAGAGUUUCUCGACGAAUUGCACCAACGACCCCGAUAUUCGGCCACGCAUGAUUGCAACGACUAUACGUUCGGGAGAGUUGGGAGACACAAUGUAGUCGUUGCUAUCUUAGGCGAGUACGGCACGGCUUCUGCAGCAUGCGUUGCGAGAGACAUGUGUCGUAGCUUUCCCACACUGAGAUUCUGUUUAAUGGUAGGCAUUGGCGGUGGUGCACCGAGCCCAAGACAUGACAUCCGCCUCGGCGACGUUGUUGUUAGCACUCCUCGAGAUGGGCAUGGUGGUGUGUUGCAGUACGACUUUGGCAAGACAAUACAAGAUCACAGCUUCCGCAUAACAGCGUCCUUGAACCAACCACCAGUGGUGCUACAGAGAGUAGUAAACGGGCUAAAGGCGCAGUAUGAGAGCUAUGGAAACUGCCUUAAAGAAGCGAUUAGCAACAUUCUUAACAAGAAUCCCAGGCUGCAACGAGAGUACAAACGGCCUAACUCGGGUAGUGACAGGCUAUACAAGAGCACAGUCGUCCAUCCGCCUAAAGAAACAAGUUGUGCCGUGGCCUGUGGCGAUGACCCUUCAAAACUGAUAAAACGGGAUAAACGGACAGAAGGCGUGGAUAAUCCGGUAAUUCACUAUGGCUUAAUUGCCUCGGCAAACCAAGUGAUGAAGGACGCCUUGGUUCGAGAUGCGCUUGCGGCGGAGAAAGACGUUCUGUGUUUUGAAAUGGAAUCCGCAGGGCUAAUGAACCACUUUGCUUGCCUAGUAAUCCGCGGGAUAUGCGACUACUCAGAUUCUCACAAGAGCAAGGAGUGGCAAGGAUACGCAGCAAUGGCGGCCGCUGCAUACGCGAAAGAUCUUCUCUGCCGAAUGCCUCCCAGUGAAGUCGAGGCUGAGGAGAAAAUGGUAGGAGAAGACAACCAGUUGCUUCCAGACGAGCAGAAAAAAGAGCUACUAGACUCAUUGAGAUUCGACCAAAUCGAGGCUCGCCAUAUGACCAUCCGCAAAGCUCACGCCAAGACGUGUAGUUGGCUGCUAGAGGAUCCUAGUUAUCUUGACUGGUUAGAUCCCACCAAGCUUAGCGAGCAUGCCGGUUUCUUAUGGAUCAAAGGAAAUCCGGGCACCGGGAAGUCAACCUUGAUGAAGUUCGCUUUGAAUAACGCGCGCAAGGUACUGAAGGAUAAGAUCAUCAUCGCCUUCUUUUUUAACGCGCGAGGAGAGGACUUGGAGAGAUCUACACUGGGUAUGUACCGAUCAAUACUACUGCAGCUUCUCGAGCAGGUUCAGGUACUUCAAGAGGUCUUCAGCUCUCUCGGAUUAGCAACAUGGAGCGCUAAAUCCCACCACUGGAGCGUUGAGUCGCUAAAAGAGCUCUUCGAACAGGCCAUACGGCGUCUCGGAAGAUCCCCAGUGCUCUGCUUUAUAGACGCUUUGGAUGAAUGCGAUGAACGUCAAAUCCGGGAUAUGGUGGCAUUUUUUGAACAUAUAAGCGAAGCAACCGCGUCAGGCGGUCUCAGGUUCCAAGUGUGCUUCGCAAGCAGGCACUACCCUCACAUUACAAUUGCGAACGGACUUAGCCUAGUGCUCGAAGGCCAUAAGGGACAUAGCAGGGAUAUAAUUUGCUACAUUGAUAGCGAAUUAAAAAUCGGGCGCAGUCAGCUCGCCGAGCAGAUUCGCGUUGAUGUCCAACAAAAGUCAUCUGGGGUCUUCUUAUGGGUUAUUCUGGUGGUGGAGAUUCUAAACAAAGAAUACGACCGUGGCCGUGUUCAUGCGCUUCGAACAAGACUUCAAGAUAUCCCCAGAGGUCUACACGAACUGUUCCACGACAUUUUGACGCGCGACCACCAGAACAGAGGGGAACUACUUCUGUGUAUUCAGUGGGUUCUCUUCGCAAGACUGCCAUUAAGACCGGAACAAUUAUAUUUUGCUAUUCUCUCUGGCGUUGAACCUAAGGCUCUAUCGAAAUGGAAUCCCGAUGGGAUUACAGCAUCCAUUAUAAAGAGGUAUAUUAUUGAUUCCUCUAAAGGACUCGCCGAGGUUACCAGGUCGAAAAACCCUAGAGUGCAGUUUAUUCAUGAAUCUGUGAAAGACUUCCUUCUUAAAGAAAAUGGGUUAAAGGAAAUUUGGCUAAACCUCGGAAGAAAUUUCCAUGGAGAAAGCCACGAGAGACUAAAGCAGUGUUGUCUAAACUACAUGAGCAUUAAUGUCUAUACAGAUCUCAACAUUGGCAGCUUACUUCCUAAUGCAGCAUCUCAGCAAGCGGCAGAACUCCGUCAAUUGGCAGACAAGGCGUUUCCAUUCUUAGAGUACGCCGUACGAAAUAUUCUCUACCAUGCCGACGCAGCGGAAGGAGACGGAGUUGAUCAGACGGCAUUUCUCGAGGGAUUCCAGCUUGUGGACUGGAUCCAUUUAGAUAACCUAUUGGAAAGACACAACGUUCGGCGGCAUACUCUCAAAGCGAGCAUGUUAUAUUUAUUGGCGGAGUACAACAUGGGAAAUCUUAUUAGGAGCCACCCAUCCAAGCUGUCCUGCUUUAAAGUAGAAGGUGAGCGCUAUGGACUACCAAUUUUUGCGGCGCUGGCUACGAACAGUGAUGCAGCAGUCCGUGAGUUCUUACAAGCCCAAACGGACAUUCAGCCUCCGACAUCCCCGCUUCAUGCCUUUUAUGAACAGUAUUAUCGGAAUAAAAACAGGCGGUCCGACUUUAGACGCGACUUCACAUUCUCACAACAACGAAGCAUUCUCUCAUAUCUCGCCGAGAAAGCCGAUGACGCAGUAUUUGUAUCUUUUCUCCUUGUUUCGGACAAAGUCAAUAUUGACGUCAAGGACAACAAUGGUCGUACGCCGCUGUCGUGUGCUGCCCAGUUCGGGCGCGAGGCCGUGGUCAAGAUGCUGCUGAAAAUGGGCACAGUCGAUAUUAACGCUAAGGAUAAGCGUGGCGAGACACCGCUAUUGCUAGCCGCCCAGAGCGGGCAUAAUGCCGUCGUUAAGCUGCUACUUGAGACGGGCAAAGUCGAUAUUAACGCAAAGGGCACAAAUGGUCAAACACCGCUAUUGCGAGCCGCCCAGGACGGGCAUGAGGCCGUCGUUAAGCUGCUGCUUGAGACGGGCAAAGUCGAUAUUAACGCUAAGGAUAUAAAUGGUCAGACACCGCUAUUGCGAGCCGCCCAGAGCGGGCAUGAGGCCGUCGUUAAGCUGCUGCUUGAGACGGACAAAGUCGAUAUUAACGCUAAGGAUAUAAAUGGUCAGACACCGCUAUUGCCAGCCGCCCGGAACGGGCAUAUGGCUGCCGUUAAGCUGCUGCUUGAGACGGGCAAAGUUGUUGUAGAUUUAAAGGAUAAUUCGCUUUUGUGGGCGGCUGAGAUGGGACAUGAGGCUGUUGUCAAGCUGCUACUCGACACGGGCACAGUCGAUAUUAACGCUAAGGAUAAGAGUGGUGAGACACCGCUAUUGCUAGCUGCCGAGCACGGGCAUGAGGCCGUCGUUAAGCUGCUGCUUGAGACGGGCACAGUCGAUAUCAAUGCUAGGAGUAAGAGUGGUAGGACACCGCUAUUGCUAGCCACCGAGAACGGGCAUGAGGCCGUCGUUAAGCUGCUGCUUGAGACGGGCAAAGUUGUUGUAGAUUUAAAGGAUAAUUUCGGCUGGACGCCGCUUUUGUUGGCGGCUGAGAUGGGACAUGAGGCUGUUGUUAAGCUGCUACUCGACACGGGCACAGUCGAUAUUAACGCUACGGAUAAGAGUGGUGAGACACCGCUAUUGCUAGCCGCCCAGAGCGGGCAUGAUGCUGUCGUUAAGCUGCUGCUUGAGACGGGCAAAGUUGUUGUAGAUUUAAAGGAUAAUUCCGGCCGGACGCCGCUUUUGUGGGCGGCUGAGAUGGGACAUGUGGGUGUUGUCAAGCUGCUGCUUGAGACGGGCAAAGUUGUUGUGGAUUUAAAGGAUAAUUACGGCCGGACGCCACUUUGGUGGGGCCUCCAGGAAGGAUACGAGGCUAUUGUCGAGCUGCUCCAGCAAAAGUCAUCGAACGAGGACGGCCUACCAGAUGCUCUGCGUUCGACGGGCCAACUUCGAGGCUGA